CUUUGGCCUCCCUAACUUUACAAUUCUAGCUCCGCCCUGCUCCUGGCAGAGGCCAUAUCAACCCCAUGAUGAACCUCUGCAAACUACUGUCUUCAAAGAAACCCGAAAUCCUCAUCACCUUCGUUGUCACCGAAGAGUGGCACGGCUUCAUGGGCUCCGACCAGAAACCCCACAACAUCCGGUUUGCCACUGUACCAAACCUCAUACCCUCCGAGCUUGUUCGCGCAAACGACUUUCUUGGAUUCGUGGAAGCUGUGAACACCAAGUUGGAAGCUCCGGUUGAGCAGCUACUGGACCGGCUUGAGCUGCCGGUGAGCACCAUAGUUGCUGAUCCCUACGUUGUUUGGGCUACGAGGGUCGCAAGCCGGAGGAAUAUUCCGGUGGCUUCGCUCUGGCCCAUGUCGGCGUCGGUGUUCUCAGUCUUACUUCACAUCGAGACACUCGAACAAAAGAGCCACUUCCCUCUUAAUAAUGUCUCAGAGUGGGGAGAUGAUGAGGUAAUAGCAGAUCUAGAUCUUCCCACGGUGUUGAAUGGAGACGGUCUGCAAAUCGUGAAGAUGAACCUGGAAGUUGUGCGUAGCAUAUAUAAAGCACAAUAUCUUGUGUCCUCUUCAGUCUAUGAACUUGAGCCCCAAGUGUUUGACAAUCUAAAAGCCAAAUUUGCUUCGCCUAUCUACCCUUUUGGCCCAAGCAUACCUUACUUUGAGCUUUCAAAAAGUCCUCCCACUAAUCACAAUUACCUCUAUAAUUGGCUAGAUUCUCAACCUAAACACUCAGUCUUGUACAUCUCUCUGGGAAGCUUCCUCUCAGUUUCAAAAGCCCAAAUGGAUGAAAUCGUUGCUGGGGUGCAAAACAGUGGUGCUAGGUUCUUGUGGGUGGCUCGUGGGGAUGCCUCUAAGUUGAAAGAUGGUGUUGAUGAUAAGGGUUUGGUGGUGUCUUGGUGUGACCAAUUGAGGGUGUUGUGCCAUGAUUCUAUUGGUGGGUUUUGGUCACAUUGUGGUUGGAAUUCAACCCUAGAAGCUGUUUAUGCUGGUGUUCCAAUUCUCACUUGUCCUGUAUUUGGGGAUCAAAUCCUCAAUGCUAAGAAAAUUGUGGAAGAUUGGAAGAUAGGAUGCAGGGUACUGAAAAAGAAAAAGAAGGGGUUUGAUGAAGAAGAUUUGGUGACCAGAGAGGAAAUUGUACAACAUGUGCAGAGGUUUAUGGAUCUCGAAAGCAAGGAAGGAAAGGAGAUGAGGGAAAGAGCCAAACAACUUCAAGAGACUUGUCAAGGAGCAAUUGCCAAAGGUGGCUCAUCAGACACAAAUCUUGAUGCUUUUAUUAACGAUGUAUUUCACAAGACCAUUAAGUAGUUCAUGACGUUGCACUUCU